UCAUCCAAGAUCGGUGAAUCCGUCUUGCAAAUUUCCAGAAAUUUAAGAAUUUAUAUUGACCCUUCAUCUAAAAAAGAAAUUAUAUUGACUGGGCGAUUUUUUUUGCGCUACUUUACUCCCAUGAAAUCUUUUCGAAAGCAGCUGCCCCUGCCCACAGUGUCGAAUUACCAGAUGGGGCGGCUGAGCCUAUCUUGCAAAUUUCAAAAUCCGUGGGCGUUUCCGCCAUUUUCAUCGUAUUUCGUGUAGAGGGGAAACCUUCAGAGCUCUAGUGUUACAGUCAUGGCUUCCUUUCUGCGCCAAAGGGUGGCCUCUCGUCUCCACCCAUCCUCUUUCUCUUUUAACCCUAAUUGCAUCUCAACCUCUUCUUUUUCUCACUCUAAAGGCUUUUCUGUCUCAUCACCAUCUGUAAAACCCUUGAACCCUAGCCCUGAGUUUUUCACAAACAUAUGCGCUUCUCUCUCUUCACCAGAGAAAAUUUCAAACCGUUGUUCUCUUUCUAGCUUCGUCAAAUCCUGUUCUAUUCCUUCAGUUAUUAGCCCUAACCAGAAUGGAAGUUCUCUGGGUUCUUCAACUGAUCCCCAUUCUCUUGUCCUAUCACUGAAAAGGAGCUCAAACCCUAAUUUCUAUUCUGGUUCCAGUAAUGGAGCUUCUUUGGUUUCAGCAACCUAUUCCAUUUCACUGACCCGAUUUCUGGAAUUGCCUGAAAACCGUGUUCUCUAUACCAGCUCCACUAGAUCUUACUCCCAUUCUGCUAAUUCUUCCCCUAAUCCUAAUCAGGUCGGCAACCUUUCAUCUCCUUGUUCUAAUCCUAACGAUUCACAGAGCGACUCAACUGAGAAACCUCAAUUUGAAAAGUCUUAUUCCGCUGAAACUUUAAAACACCAGGAAAUCGAGGGCCCAACUGUCCAGCGGGACCUCUCUGCUCUUGCAAAUGAAACCAGAGAAGUUUUAGGGAGAAUGAGAAAGAGUAUGUAUGAUCUCAGUAGGGCCAUGGCUCUUCUAGGUCUUAUGCAAUUAACUUGUGGGGCUUGGAUAGCAUGGAUCACCAAGGCUUCUCCUGUUACAGAGGUCUCAAUCCAGAGCAUAGCAGCUUUUGCUUUCCCUUUCUCGUUUGCUUUUUUACUAAGAAGAACCCUAAAGCCCGUGGUUUUCUUUAACAAGAUGGAGGAACAAGGUCGGUUACAAAUCCUCACCCUAGCCCUUCAGGUUGCCAAAAGCUUGGAUCUUUUGUUUAGGAGGACCCAUGCCACUGCAAUUCUUUGUGUUGCUGGUGUCUCAAUUGCAUUACUGGUCACUGCUUGGUCACAUUAAUGGUCAAUCAUGUUCUUAUGACCGUAGAAUUGAAAGCGUGUUCCUACACUGAAAUUGCACCGGAAUUAGGUUUCUUUGUUUUGGUCUCUGUUUUCUUUUCUUUUCUUUUUUUUCUUUUUUCUUGUCUUUUUUUCCUUUGGAGAGUGGGAGAGGCAAGAGAUUGGUAUAAUAGGAUUUUGCAUGAUUUUUGGGUUGGGGUUUAGAUUUUAGAGAUGUGGGUUUUGCAGUGGUUUUUUGUUAUGAAAACUUAUGGCUUUUGGUACUGAGCAGGUUGGGUUUUAGAUUUUGGGAUAGGAGUUUUACAAGGGUUUUAGUUAGGACAAAAGUUGUGGUUUUUAUUAGAGAUUUAGGUCAUUUUUAUUGGUUUUUCUCUUGUAGGGAAAAGAGGGACUCAAUUACCAGUAGGAUAUAUUGCUAGAUUCCUGAUUAGGCUGGGUUUUGGAUUUUGGAAAUGUAGGUUUUAUGAGAGUUUUGAUUAUGAAAUAAUUUGGGUUUUUAUAAUUUCCCUCUUGAUUUUCUGAGGGUGAGAAUGAAGGAGCUCAAUACCGGAAAGGAGAUAGCACUUGAUUCUUUACUGAAAUAACUGGGUUUGAGAAAAUGCCGAGUUCUGAUGUGCCUCUUAAUAUGUUGUUGUGAAGCAUUGUAAAUGGAAAUUUUGGACCAAAAAUGAGGCUUGUAUGCUGCAUUUUUAUUUUGAAGAGUUGAAUUUUUCAGAAAUGGAAGAUGCCUUGCCUUUUGAUUGUAACUUUGUGUUCCUUUUCUAUGCCUCCAUGUGGGAGAAGAGUGGAAAGACAUACUUAUAUGCAAAUUAUGUUUCCAUAUGAACCUUACUGCAUUAUCACCCUCUUAUCAUGUGUCACAAUAAACGCUGGUCUUGAAUGGUGGAACUCAUUGAAUUGUGCAGGUAAAGUUUUCUAGGCUCGAAUUCUGCCACUAUCCCUAGAGUCUAUUUUAAUUAUUCAUGAAAAAACUUUGUUUACUUUUUUGCUUUUACACUCGAAGUGGUUUGUAUUACAGCAUUCAUGAGAUCUAAUUGCAGAUUUCUUUAUAAGU